UCUCACCCUGAUGAAGAUGUUUGCUAUCAAAAUGUGACAGCGCAUGGACACAACGCUUGGAGGCUACGUCUUUAGCGACGUCUUGCAAGAGUAAAAGGACAGUGACGAGUCUGGCCGCUGCUCACUCCAAGUUCUGCAAGAAUGGCGAGUUCGGCUUCUUUGGAGACAGUGAUGCCCUCCUGUCCAAGACUAGAGUCCAAAAAUGGAGCUUCUACUGCCGCCAAGACAUUGGCCUUUUCAAUUGAAAGAAUAAUGUCAAAGACAUCAGAAUCCAAAUCUCCCUUGGUGUACAGAGCACAACGGGAAAGGGAGAGUGCUGAAUGCAAGAAACUGAUUAACCUUUGCACCCCAAUACCUUGCAUGAUCCCCAUUCAGCCAGUGAGUUACGAGGUCCAGUCAAAGACUGUCGUGAACUAUUCUGAAAUCUGGAAAGCAAACCUAAGAGGGGUGUCUUGCAACUCAGCCAGCCUAUGCAAAAGUAAUUGUGGUGUAUGCUGCAAGGCAGAACUGAGCUUAGGACAUUCAAUUCUGCCACCCAACAGGGUAAUCAAACCUCAGGCUAUAAACCAAACUGUAGCAAUGCCAGCCAAUGGCUCAUUUUAUUACCUUAACUACUUGGACUGCUCCUACCACACACCAAACCUCUUCAGUGGACACUUGUUUCCAGCUAAUAUUUUAAAUUCUCAGGCUCAAGCCUCUCUUUCUGCUCAUCAGAAGUUACUUCUGCUGGAAAACACGAAAAUUGCUAGCCUGCCAACAGAGAAGUUCCAAACUUCCCAGUUCCUUCAAAAGGAGCGACUCCCUGGACAAUUAGACCAGAUAAUAAAGGAGAACACGAACCUCAGUGAGAAGACUUAUAUCAAACCACAUAACAAACUCAACAGCCCCGGCGAUGGAAAACCUAAAAACUUCACCUGCGAAGUUUGUGGCAAGGUAUUCAAUGCACAUUAUAAUUUAACUCGACACAUGCCAGUGCACACUGGAGCCAGACCAUUCGUCUGUAAAGUCUGUGGGAAAGGUUUUCGACAGGCCAGUACCUUAUGCAGGCAUAAAAUAAUCCAUACACAGGAGAAACCCCAUAAGUGUAAUCAGUGUGGAAAAGCCUUUAACCGAAGCUCAACUUUGAACACCCAUAUUCGAAUUCAUGCUGGCUACAAGCCUUUUGUCUGUGAAUUUUGUGGAAAGGGAUUUCAUCAGAAAGGAAACUACAAGAACCACAAACUGACGCACAGCGGAGAGAAGCAGUACAAAUGCACUAUUUGUAACAAAGCCUUCCAUCAGGUUUAUAAUCUGACAUUUCACAUGCACACCCAUAAUGACAAGAAACCCUUCACUUGUGGGACUUGUGGUAAAGGAUUUUGUCGGAACUUUGAUCUAAAGAAGCAUGUGAGGAAACUUCAUGACAGCAGCCAUCCCUGCAGUGUAGGUUCUGUACAUGCCAAGGACAUUUCUCAGUCUGCCACACUGGCACGAAGCUGAAGACAAUAAAACACCAAAUGAACAAGUAUAUUUUUAUCAGUUUCCUCUUGGGCUAACAUCUUUGGUACACAACCUCAGUUUGUAACUCCACAACAGCAUCGGCAAAGAAAAGACCAACUUGAAAUGUGUCUAUGCCCCGCUAAGUCCUCUUAUUUUUUAAAAGUGCACAUUUUGCCAUAAGGACUAAGCAAAUGAAAUUAGAUUGUAAAUGUGGUUCUUAUUUAAAUAAGUCAAGUAUCUCUUUUUAACUUAGUUCUGGCAGAACUUUGUGAAAUGUUGUCUUUAAAUGCCAUUUAUACAUUUAUGUAAAGGGAAGUGUAAAUAUAUAUUGCAGUCAGUAUAUGUAAAUAUACUGAAAUAAAGAGUAUGAAAAUUU